ACUCACAAAUCACAGUUGUGAAGAAACGCUUCAAUUAAUCCAUGGCUUUGGCACCAAACCAUAACUUCUUCGCUCUUCUGGAAGACGGAAUUGGCGACGACUCAUUGGAAUUCAUCCAUCGUGGUGCUUCAAAAGCUGUUUAUAAAGAACAUCAGCAGGAGGAAAAGGCUGAAUCUCCAACACUGUUGAAGCCCUUAGCUGCUCCUACACCUGAAAAUCCCGAGGGUGUUUUCUCGGGGAAAACACUCCAACACUCAAGUCAGCAAUACUCAAUCCCCUUGGUGCUGACAUACAUCUGCACGUGUGAGCAUCCCAUUGGCCCACGUGCUGCUGGUCACGUGGGUAUGCUUGUACUGAUGCUCCUUAAGCUUAGGCCAAUGGGUGGUAACCUAGGCCCGUUAUGCAUAGCCCUGUUUGAGUGUAGGGCCUGUUGGGCCUAUUCCAACAUUACUCCCCCCAGUGUUCGGUUGACGAACUGGGAUGGAUGUGCCCGUGGGUCAACGCCCUAACUGGUGACUAUGAUGGACGGCAUUAACAGCUUGCG